GCAAAAUGCAGACGACAAUAAUUGGUGUCAACUGUGUCCGCCUGCUUUUGCCGCCGAUCGCUGACAACCGAGGUUAGAUUGCUCCGUUAUCCAGACCGCAUCAACAUGAAGUGCCCAACCUGUGGAAAAGAAGUUUAUUUUGCUGAAAGGUAUACAUCAAAUGGCAAGGACUACCACAGAGCAUGUCUGAAGUGCGCUGAAUGUGGAAAAACGCUAGAGAGAGGCAAACAUUCUGAGCAUGAUGACAAACCUUACUGUAACAUGCCCUGUUAUAGCAAACUCUUUGGACACAAAGGGUUCAACACUGGUGGCGCUGGAAGCUAUAACUACGCCAAGUGAAGUUUAACUAGAGGAACAACACAGUUCUGGAUAAUUCAUGAUCACAGCAAUAUACUAUAUUUAUAUAAUGCAUCUCAUUUAUCUCUAACUACUGGGUAGACAGAAUUAGUGGCAACGGAAACUGAAUAAUAAUAAUAAUAAUAAUAAUAAUAAUAAUAAUAAUAAAUUCAUUUGUAUGUCUUUCAUAUUUCUAAUUUUAAAAAAAAAGGAGUUAACAUUAUAGGUUUGUUUAAGUGAUAGACUUUUUACAGUAUAUACAGACAAAAAAUACAGACAAAAAAUACCUACAUGUAUAUACAAAUCUGUUGACUGAUGAAGUUAUACUUGUGGUUUCUAUGGUAAUAAUUUUGGUGCUGAGCAUACAAAUGCAAAGAAAAAAGUGAAGUUAUUAUUGUCAACUAUACAGAUUAAUGUGUGUGUUUUUAAUAGGUUUUAAUAUAACGUAUACACUAUCUACUUUUCAAAAACUUUAAUUUUAUAUUGCAAACGUAUGAGGAUCACUAAAUAUACUUGUAGAUAUAUUUAUUCAUUUUUGUUAUUGGAUGUACAUUUUGGGGUUUCUUUUUUUUUCAAUUUUAUGAACACCAUUUAAAAAUGUACCAAAGAAAAUACUGGAUCAAAAUGUUAAAUUUGGAAAUAGUUUUUACACAUAAUAGAUUUUGUGCAUUAUACUUCUGUGAAGCUUAUUUUCAAAUACCGAACUGCCAUGUAGAUUUCAGUAUUUCUAGUGCUUUAUUUCUUCGUGUACAUUUUAAAAAUAAAAAUAUUCAUUUGUA